AUGUCCAGGGCUUUAAAAGUUGCGACCUUUAUCGCAAGACCAUCAUCCACGACUGCAGCAUACAUCAGCAUCGUGAUACUCCACCGCCAGGAUGGGAAAAGGUUAAUCACACACUCGGAAUGGGCAUCGGAAGAUGCCUUUUCUGCGAGCGCGGGAGCGGGAGUCGCAAAGGCGCGACGCGGGGGAGACACUGCGGCGUUCAAGCGUCUUCCGUUCAACUUUUGCUCCCUCUCUCUCCAACCGUUUGCGCAUCCGGUCUGCACGCCGUCGGGCACGAUCUUUGACCUCACAAACAUCCUCCCCUGGAUCAAGAAGCAUGGAACGAACCCAGUAGACGGCAGUCCGCUGAAAAGCUCCGAUCUCAUCAAGCUGAAAAUUGCGAAGAACGAGUCGGGCGAAUACGUCGAUCCGGUCACAUACAAGGUGCUGACGGAUAACACCCACAUUGUCGCGCUGCGCAACACGGGAAAUGUUUUUGCGUGGGACACGGUCGAGCGGUUGAAUAUCAAGGGCAAAUUGUGGCGCGAUCUGGUUACGGAUGAAGAAUUUGGUCGCAAAGAUAUCAUUACAUUGCAGGACCCUCAGAAUGUCGAGUCGAGAAACUUGAGUUCGUUCAAUUAUCUCAAGGAGGGAGAAAGUGGAGUUCCGGACGACAAGGCAGAGUCGAGCAACGUCAACGUUAAUGCGCUGGGGAGCUCUGCGAAGAUCCUCAAAGCUAAAGAAGCUGUUGCAAAGGCACGAUCGGAGAGAGCGCAACGGGCCGGCACUGGUGCGGUCGCGAAAUCGAAAACCGACGGCGCAUCCUUGACGUUAUCUCAGAAGACUGGCUCAUCGCAGUCAGGGAAACCGAUCCCCUACAAUGCCGCACGACACACCACCGGAUUAGCUGCGGCAUCGUUCACUAGCACUGGGAUGACACCACAUACCUCUGCGGAGCUGGCACUUCUCUCCGAUGAAGAGUACAUGCUGAAAAGAGGGCGUGUGAAACAAAAAGGCUAUGCACGCAUCUCGACCACCUCUGGCGACAUUAAUCUGGAGCUACAUACGGAAUACGCGCCGAAGGCUGUGUGGAAUUUUAUCAAACUCGCAAAGAAGGGUUACUACAAGGAUGUUACAUUCCAUCGCAAUAUUCGCGGGUUUAUGAUCCAGGGUGGUGAUCCGACUGGCACAGGCCGAGGGGGUGAAAGCAUCUGGGGCAAGUACUUCAACGAUGAAUUCGAGGGCCCUCUGAAGCAUGACUCCCGUGGAACGCUGAGUAUGGCGAACAAAGGGAAAAACACCAACAGCAGCCAAUUCUUUAUUGCGUAUCGCGCGCUACCGCAUUUAAACAACAAGCAUACGAUCUUCGGCCAUGUCAUUGAUGACCCCACGCCAUCAUCUCCAACAUUGAAUAAACUGGAAACUCACCCUGUGAACUCAUCGACGAAUCGUCCUACACCAGAUAUCCGUAUCCUCGACGUGACGGUCUUUGUCGACCCGUUUGAGGAGUUCCUGAAGCAGAAGCAGGCGGAAGAGACGCGUGGGAAGGCACCCGAUCCCGGGGAGGAAGAGACGAAUGCCCGACGAGCUGAAGACGACCAGGUGACUUGGACAGGCAAACGAGUUCGUGGCUCAACUGAUGCGGACGACAGUUCCGGUGGAGGCGUUGGCAAGUAUCUGAAGGCCGCGCUAGCAGAUCGUGCAGGCCAAGAGGAAGACGAGAUUGUUGAGUUUGUGGAUGAACCGGAGCCGGAACCUGCGCGCAAGAAAGUCAAGGGCCGGGGAGGGUUUGGCGACUUCAGUUCUUGGGAUUGA